AUGUGCUUGUACAAGAGCAAUAAUACGAAAGGGGAAAUCCAAGAAAGAGGAAAGAGGAUGGUUCCAGAUUCUCUGGUUUGUAGGCGCGAAAUUUCCGCUGUGGCGACAUGCUCCUAUUUACGUUCGCCAUUCUUGAAGGCCGGAAACCUAUCAUAUGGCCCGAUCCGGUCACGGCACUGGGUGUUGUGGGCUCAAAACGCGCGCAGACCACGCCUCGCGGUCUUGGCCGGGCCCCACCUAGUGCCUGCGGAGUUGCCCUUCGGAGCUAAGGCGGUUUGUGUGGUUGUUUACCUCGGCUACUCUGGAGCCGAGGUCCGUCUAUUUCCGGUGCUCCAUGCCUCACUGUGGUGCCGAUCGUUUCAUUGUUGCAUGUGUGACGUAGCGACGCAAGGCAGGCGCGGUGAGGGAAUUGGACACGGACGCGAUCGCGACUCUCUUCUCUUCUACAUCGGUCGUUGA